AUGCUCACCCACCUCUCCCGCUUCACGCGCACCACACCAGGGCUAGAAAAAACCCUCCGAUUAGUCCAAUCCCUCUGCGUACUUGCUCUCCAAGUUCCUGAUUUAAAUUAUGUGGCUGUUACGCGGUUUGGGAUUGCGAAGCAGCAGUUGGCGUUGACAAGACGCUUCCUCCGCUUCUUCAACUUCAUCGAGUGUUUUAAUCGCGUGUUUGCUUUAUUGGCUGCGCCUACUGCAUCUACUGCUAGGCAGGGUGGAAGUGGGAGUGGGAGUGGGAUGGUGAUUCAAGUCCUGGAAAUAACGAAAUGGAGUUGUUUCGGGUGUUAUUUUUUGUUGGAGGAUUUGACGCUUCUCCAUGCAACGUCCAUCCACCCUCUCCCCACACCCCUAAACAAAUUUAUCCUUACAGAAGCAAAUAAGUUUUGGUUCUAUGCUUUGUCGUUCUCGCUUCUUGGGGCUGGGGUGUCUUUCUUAUCUUCGUUUACUUUUUCUUCCUCUUCGACGGUAUUUGAAUCGGUGAAGACAGAGAAGAAGACGAAGACGGCUGCGGGAAGUAUCACUUGGUAUGGUAUUUUUAAAAUGGCAGUUGUGGACUCAUGCGAUUUACUUAUCCCAGGAACAUUCCUGGGAUGGAUUCAAAUGGAGCAGGUGGGUGUGGGGGUAGGGAUGGUGGUGAGUACGCUUGUUUCGGGGUGGGAGAUUUGG